CGGUCUUGUUAAUUCCCUUCAGUUUCUUCGACGUAUUUGUGCAAUAACGCCUCAAAAUAAAAAUUGAUUUUUUUGGUAAAUUUUCGUUUGCGGUUGGCAGUUUUGGAAUUUAAUUCUCAGUUGCCCAAAUGUCAAUUUGAUGUGUAUUUGUGAGUGGCAAAAUCCUUUUUUAUGUAAUAACACGAACAAUUGCGUUGGAAAAUGAGUCGGAGGCAUCACCACCACAAUCUCCAGCCCUAUGAUUACGACCGCUUCAACGACCAACCGCGGGAUCGAACCCGGGACCAGGCCAGAGCCAUCGAAUACCAAGACGACUCCUUGAGUUCCAUAAACUCAGACGAAGAGUCGUACCUGCACCACACGAAUAGAGACAAGAAGUCAAGCUUUUAUUCGAAGGACAAGUCGAGCAAAAAUGAGAAAAACAGCGAGCCCUACCACCCGAAGGAGCCCAAAUCGCAGCCCCGGGACACCAAGACAUCCGACUCCACGGUGGAGCGUUUGGAGCGUCUGGAGACCAUGUUGGAGGAGUUCAUGAAACGUAGUACUGUCCCAGCUCCCACACCAAGUGUCCUCGAGAAAGGGGCCGAGAAGCCGUUUUACGUGGAACCGCCCAGUGUUGUUGAGAAGAAGGGACCCAGUGAUAGACUCGACAAGCAGUUUUAUCUGGAGCCGCGACGACACACGUUCACCACGUCCAUGUGGAUCAACAAAAUCCAGGAGAUGUCGUUCCAGAACAACUGGGAUGAGAAGACAACCAUCCAGUAUAUGGUGUCUCAAAUGUCCGGGACUGUGAAAGCGUGGUACAACAGCUUGCCCAACUAUGACUACACUUGGCCUGAGUGGAAACUUUUGAUUUGUAAGGUUUUCCCGGACAAUACCGAUUUUGUAACCACUUUGAAGAGAUUAGUAACACGGUUGAAGCAAGCUGAUGAGAGCAUGACCACCUACUACUUCAGCAAAAUGUACCUGAUUGAAGCGUGCAAAAUCACUGGAGAGGACGCAGUUUCGUGUUUAAUAGACGGGUUGAACAACCAAACCAUACAAAUACAGGCAAAGGCUCAAAAUUUUCUAACACCUGAAACACUAUAUUCGCAAUUUUUGAUGGUCCUGCCGGAGUAUUCCGUCGACUAUGCACCUUCUGGAGUUCCCACGGAGGCCACCUGGUACUAUUCGGAGGACGUACCAAGUAUUCAGUCGGUUAAUGAAGAUAGGAACGCUUCUCAGGAACAAAUGUUUGGGUUUGAAGCGGAUGAAAGGUCAGAGAAGUUUAACUAUCCAGAUCAAGCGAAUUCAAGUUUUGAGGAACGUCCGGUAAAGUCGCCCUCAAAUGCAAAACCUCCAGGUCCUGUACACUCAAGACUUGAUAAAAGGUACAUCAGACGGAAAGAUUUCAAAAAGCAGAGUAAGGUUCCAUUGGCUUCCAAAGUGUGUUCCAUUUGCUUGAAUCGGGGCCACGUUGCGAGGAAUUGUAGAAGAAAAGUGGAGAAAGUGUUAUAUUCCCGUUUGUCCAGCUCGGGCUUCCAAAGUUGUUUUUAUAAAACUUGUACGGUUAAUGGACAGGAGUUGGAUUCUUUUAUCGAUACCGGAUGCACGACUGUGACAAUUACUGAGGAAAAAGCACACAGGUUGAAACUACACGUGGAUUUUAGUGACGAUAGGAUUCAAACAUACGGCGGAGGAUCAGUUCGUAUUUUGGGGGAAACCGAAGUUUUACUGAAGGUGGAUUCAGUUCAGGCUCGUGUCAAGGCGGUAGUUGUACCAAAUAAUGCACAAGAGGUUUCGGUCAUCGUUGGACAAGGAUUCCUAAACUUGAAGAAUGUAGGCGUGUUACUGCAAAAUAACACGCUAAAAAUUUAUGAGCCAUUCUGUAAACUAACAGAUUAACUUUUGAUUUGGUGUAUGAUUCCAACCAGUGGGACGCGUGCUUCAGGUGUCACCCAGUUUAAGUUACCGUUUGUUUUUUUUAGAAUUAGAAAUUUAUGUUUCUUACUUAAAUUUAAGUUUAAACGCCUUUGUAAUUGAAAAUAAAGUGUUCAUACUCCAACAAAA